AUGGCUUUCACUUGUGGUACAUGCUGGCAGACAUGGCCUACAUGGAGGUCUCGCGAUCAGCAUGUGGCCGCCAAAUUUCAUGAGGUUCCCGACUUUGAAUGCGACAGUUGCGACCGCUAUUUUCAAAGUCAACAAGCUGUCGAACAGCAUAUGAACGCUCUUGAUCACUGGGCUGAGUCGGCUUCUGAUGAAGCGGAUUACUACUGCGACUACGACUCCUGCUCGGAGGGUUUUGGUGAUGAGGAAGAGCUGAGAAACCACGAGAUCGAGGAACAUUUCUACUGUGACUCAUGCGACCGAGAAUUCCAAGACUUGAAUAGCAUCAAGAUGCAUCGCAAUAGCAAGCAGCAUCGCGGUACAAAUGUAUCUUGCUCUUUCUGUCACGGUUCAUACGUGACUGCAGGCGGCGUUUUUCAUCAUCUUGAACAGGGUGCAUGUCCGAAAGCUCCCUUGGACCGAAUCAAGGUUUACGAAGCAGUUAGACGCAAAGACCCAAAUGACCUGUUAACCGAGCGACUGCUCGAGUGGUCUGUUCCAAGCAGUUUUGAGGCGACUCACAAGUCCUACAAUGCUCAGGCUGAAGCUUUUGAGUGUUUCCUGUGCGGAAAUCUUUUCAAACGCCUCAAUUCACUUAAUCAGCAUCUUAACUCGCCUAGGCAUCAACAGGAUCUAUACCACUGCCCGAACCCACGUUGUGAUAAGAAGUUUGGGACUUUGGCUGCUGUUGGCAACCAUUUAGACAGUGAAAGCUGUAACUUUAUGCGCUUUGACGAUGUUCAGGAGACGGCCAAACGGAUUUUUGACCCUGGCCGCAUGAUCGCUUUUUAA